AUCUCACAUUUAAUAUAUACAAGUUAUAUGAUGCCGCUCAGUAAUAACCACCAACCACCCCUCUGAGGCGCAAUGAAAGGCCACCAGAAAAACAAAGUCCUGAUUAUAGCCUAUCCAACCCAAGGCCACAUUAACCCAUCCCUUUGUUUCGCCACCCGUCUCCUUAAGUUCGGUGUCAAUGUCACCUUUUGCACCAGCUUCUACGCCAUACGACGCAUUGACACACAAACCACCCAUCACGGUCUUACCUUGGCCCCAAUUUUUGACAGACACCACAAUGGCCAACAACCAACUUUGCAACAAUUCUUCUCAGAUUUUGCCACAAAUGGUGUUUGUGCGGUCGAUGAAAUCAUUAGGUCCGCAACGGCCACAAGCCAACCCUUUGACCACUUAGUCUACACCACUGUUGUACCAUGGGCAACACAGGUGGCUGCUGCCCAUAGUUUGGAGUCCACUCUCCUCUGGUGCCAACCAGCCACUCUCUUAGAUAUAUAUUAUUACUAUUUUAACGGCUAUCAAGAUUUAAUAUCUUGUAACAACAACCCAACAUUUCCAAUAAAUUUACCAGGGCUUCCACCCAUAACCACUUCCGACCUGCCGUCCAUUUUGUUGUCUUCUUGUCCUAAGGAACAACAAUUUAUAGUACAAAUUUUAAAAGACCAUAUUGAUGCCGUCAAGAUAGCUCCACGAAUACUUGUCAACACUUUUGAUGAACUUGAACUCGAGCCCAUCAGAGCAAUUGAAAAACUUGUGAUGCUUCCGGUUGGACCCCUCAUGCCAUUGGAAUUGUUAGAUGGAAGAGGCCCAUCAAACAAUUCAUUUAGCUGCGACUUAUUUGAAAAACCAGAGGAAGAUUAUGUCAAAUGGCUUAGCACGAAGCCAAAAUUGUCGGUGGUGUAUGCUUCAUUUGGAAGCUUGUCAACUUUAUCGAUAGAUCAGGCGGAGGAGAUGGCAUCUGGGUUGCUUGAAAGUGGGCGGCCGUUUUUAUGGGUGAUCAGAGAGGGUGACCAAUUAGUGAAAUUGAGCAAGAUAGAUGAACUUAAAAAGCAGGGAAUGAUAGUGAGUUGGUGUUCUCAGGUUGAAGUAUUGAACCACGAAGCAAUUGGGUGUUUCCUGACGCAUUGUGGGUGGAAUUCGACAAUAGAAGCACUGGUUGCCGGUGUUCCAACUAUAGCCUUUGCACAGUGGUCGGAUCAAGUGACUAACGCGAAGAUGAUUGAAGAUGUUUGGAAAACAGGUGUUAAGGUGAAAAGGAGGGAGAGAGAUGGAAUGGUGGAAGGGAAUGAGAUCAAGAGGUGUGUGGAAAUCGUGAUGCAAGAUAGGGAGAUGAGAAGAAAUGCUGAGAAAUGGAGAGAGUUGGCAAGAAAAGCUCUCAAUGAUGGUGAAUCAUCCACCCUCAACCUCCAAGCUUUCUUGUACGAUCCUUGAAAUAUGAUAAACUAAUAAACAUGAAUGCAUUUCUUGUUGGUUUGUGAAAGUUCUUUGAUCUUCGCUUGUUUCAUUCAUUUACGUUUGUUCGUUUAUGUGUGUCUAUCAAUUUAUUGAAAUUACUUUAUUAGUUCUUAGUGAUA